AUGGCAGACAACAGUGUUAGUGUGUGCAUUGAAUUGCAUGUGGUGAUGAAGACUUCAAGCACAGUACAGUGAUGAGACGCUCAGCAGCAGUAAGACAUCUGAAUGGCGUAAACGUUUCAAAGAUGGCUGUAAGUCCGUCAGUGACGAUCCCGGCCAUGGUGGUGCCCAGCCCACAGCAGUCAUUCCUGUGAACAUUCAGCGUAUGGAACGCCUGAUCCUGGAUAAUCAGUGCAUAAGCUGUUGUGAAAUUGCACAAGAGAUGAACCUUUCUGUGGGAACAGUGAACACAAUUGCUGACAAAGUGAAGCAGCUGUCCCAGGAUGGUUCAGGUGUACUGACAAAUCUUUCUAUGCCAAAGCUUUCCAGGCAUUAGGUAAAUGCUGGGAUAAGUGUAUAAAUGUAGCAGGGGAGUAUGUCGAAAAAUAA